AUGGUAAAGGGGAAAAAGAACAACAGAACUAAAGCCCUAAUCAAGGUUAUAUUGCUGUCUGGGACCCGCCAAAUGGUUUCACUGAUUCUAAACGACACAGCGGACAGCUCGGAUCUGUCGAAAGCUGCAAUUACCGUCGAAGAUUCGUCAGUUGCGCAACAACCGAAAUUCUUCAACUACCAUGAAUACGUAGUCACAAAUUACAGAGCCCUUGAAGAGCAAGAGGCGAGGGAACAUGGCCCGGAAUAUCCAAUUUGCGUCACACACUUCCCCAAUAUCUAUGUCCCAGAGUCCAGUGAAGAGUUUAAAACGACCAGAGUUGUCAGAAUACCGAGAAGAUUCGAAUCAUCUACCGAGUUUCCAAGCUUUAGCACAGACUUGCCCGGGUUCGAGCCAGCCGCACUUCCGGAUCCACACAAUAGACACUUCGUUCCUGUAGGCGAGUACCAGGGACAGCUUUUUGGGGACUCCAGUGUGAGCCCACUGGCCAAUUAUGUAUCUCAAGAAGAAUGGGCUUCUAUUAUUUCGGACAUAAACGGCUUGCUAGCAGCAGCAUACAACCCUGUUCAAUUCCGAAACUUCGCGAAUGUCGUGCUCGACUACUUCACACUCAAUUUCUGGAGCAUAGUAGCCCCAUAUGUUCUCAAGCACCCACUACAGAAGCUCGAAGACUACGUGGCUGAACUGAAUCACUCCGAUAUAUGUAAAUCAAAGGGCAUCAAGAUCGUAUCUCCUCGCGAAAACUCCUACCUUUCGGUAUGUAUCAAACGGAAGAAAUUACAGCUACAAUACUGA